UGAGCCGUCGGUUGCCGUGGAGACCGAGGCGAUGGCAACCAGGAGAAGCCAAACUUGGUUCCCCGGCUCGCGGAGUGCCUGCGAGCGGUGCUCAUGGCGCUCUAUGAGCUCUUCUCUCACCCGGUCGAGCGCAGCUACCGCGCGGGGCUCUGCUCCAAAGCCGCGCUGUUCCUGCUGCUGGCCGCUGCGCUCACGUACAUCCCGCCGCUGCUGGUGGCCUUCCGGAGCCACGGGUUUUGGCUGAAGCGGAGCAGCUACGAGGAGCAGCCGACUGUGCGCUUCCAACACCAGGUGCUGCUCGUGGCCCUGCUCGGACCCGAAAGCGGCGGGUUCCUCGCCUGGAGCACGUUCCCCGCCUUCAACCGGCUGCAAGGGGAUCGCCUGCGCGUUCCGCUCGUUUCGACUAGAGAAGAAGACAGGAACCAGGAUGGGAAGACGGACAUGUUACAUUUUAAGCUGGAGCUUCCCCUGCAGUCCACGGAGCACGUUCUCGGUGUGCAGCUCAUCCUGACUUUCUCCUAUCAAUUACACAAGAUGGCGACCCUCGUGAUGCAGAGCAUGGCGUUUCUCCAGUCCUCCUUUCCUGUCCCGGGAUCCCAGUUAUACGUGAACGGAGACCUGAGGCUGCAGCAGAAGCAGCCGCUGAGCUGUGGUGGCUUAGAUGCCCGAUACAACAUAUCCGUGAUCAACGGGACCAGCCCCUUUGCCUAUGACUACGACCUCACCCAUAUUGUUGCUGCCUACCAGGAGAGGAACGUUACCACCAUCCUGAAUGAUCCCAACCCCAUCUGGCUGGUGGGCAGGGCCGCAGAUGCUCCAUUUGUGAUUAAUGCUAUCAUCCGAUACCCUGUGGAAGUCGUUUCUUAUCAGCCAGGAUUCUGGGAGAUGGUAAAGUUCGCCUGGGUGCAGUAUGUCAGCAUCCUGCUUAUCUUCCUCUGGGUGUUUGAAAGAAUCAAGAUCUUCGUGUUUCAGAAUCAGGUGGUGACCACCAUCCCUGUGACAGUGAUGCCCCGGGGAGAAGUGUGUAAGGAGCACUUAUCCUAGAAAGGCCGUUUCUGAAGACUCAGCAGGACCGUGGCUGCCUCAUUGUCAUCUUCUGGGAACGUCUUAGGACCUUUUGAAAGAGCCCAGCGGACACCUGCGGGCUUGUGUGCUUUUCCCUCAGAGACAACGGUUCUUUCCAGUUUUGCUCUACACAAGUUCCGUAUCUUCAGAGCUCCUGCAGAAUUGUCAGGGACUAGUUUGUGGAAAGGUCUGAGAGUUCCUGGAGGCUAUAAUUAGCUUUUUGGGUUUUUCUUCUUUGCCUUAGCGUUGAAUUUCAGGAGAAAAUUGCAGUCAGUUCAGACAUCUUGGAAAGAGUCCCAUCUCUGGUCAAGCAGAGACUUUUCCUCUGUUGAACUGAGGAACACACUGUGCAUUUCUUCCUUCUGUUGUGAGCCACUCUUACUCUUUUCAGGGCUCUCUUGUGACAAACAUGCCAAUCACUAGCACUUUGCACCCCUGGGCUUCUCCAUUUCCCAUUCAGAGCUUUGAUUUCCAGAGCUGAGGCCUUUAACUGGAGACCUGGAGGGGCAGGGCCCAAGGGCAAGGGCCGCAUUAGCACAGGCAAUCAGGGAGGGCCGCUGAAGGACACUUGGACCGUCCACCUGCCCCAGCCCAACAGUCAGUCAUCUGUCAUCAGCUCAGCUGAGCAGCCCUGGAUCUUUGCCGUACUGUGACUGGGCUCUUUGCCCUAUUUUUCCCUCUAUCUGUGCCCCUGGAUGGCAGGCUGAAGUCAGAGGGGCUGUUUCAUUCUCAGCCCCCUCAGCAGCACUGGGAGAAGAAAGCAUUGUCACAACAGGUUCUUUCUGGCCCUCACCCAACAGCCUGGGCACUUGGCCCUCCUCCUCCUUGACAGCCCUCCCCCUUCCUGCAAAGGACAGGGGCGACAGGGGUUGGUGUUGGGAUUGGCUCCUGCUGCCUGACAACCACAAGUUUAUUUGGAAGGCUAGCGGGAAGCCCAGCGGCUGGCGUUUCCCUUGACUAAGGAACAGGGUGCCCAUCAGAGUGGGGCGGGCAGCUUUGGGAAGGACACAGGAAGCAGUGAGGGCGUAAAGAGGAUGCUGGCCUGGGCAGGCCAGUCCAGCCUGGCCACUAGCAGAAUACCACGCAGUCCAGUGGAUUAUCCUCGUGGCUAAGCAAGUGUCUGCAGGAGCAGAGAUGGCUGGAAGGGGCCUCGGCACACGGAAGAUGGCUUGUUCAGCUCAUUGAUCUCCUGAGGAUGUGUGCAGUCUCCUCCAAGAACAGAUGGAGCUGCUUCCUGAUCCCAAGCAGGUCAUUGCCACUGGAAGGACAUGGCCCCAUGCUUCAUGCCCACCCAGAAACACACCCCUCAGUGUGUGCCUCAGUUUACUUUGGAGAUCAGUUGUCGUUUUUAGCGCUCCUUUAGGCUUACUAAAACAGUUUUGGAAACAAAGCUAUUUUGAGACAUUCAAGCAGAGGAAUUCCCUAACACUGACCCCCUUAUCUUUUUUUAAUAUUCAGGCUGUUUUAUAUGCCUAAAUUUUUUUCUUAAGGUCUAAACGAAAAAUAGUUUCUUGUUUAAAUUCCCAUAAGGCAAUGAGAUAUGGAAAGAUGACAAGAUACGUAUAAACAUUGGUUUGCAUUUUAUUAAAUUAUUCUAAUGCAAAUCUUGUAUAAAGAACCCAUGAUGUUUUGUAACUUUCUAAUUAAAAUGUUCAAAAUGAGGCCGAGCAUGGUGGUUCAUUCCUGUAAUCUCAACACUUUGGGAGGCCAAGGCGGGAGGAUCACUUGACCCCAGGAGCUUGAGGCUGCAGUGUGCUAUGAUUGCACCACUGUACUGUAGCCUGGGUGACAGAGUGAGACCCUGUCUCUUAAAAAAAAAAAAAAAAAAAAGUCAAAAUGGAAGAUCACAUGUACCUUUUUCGAGGGAAAGGGUUUGGAAUGGCAAAGAAUAGGGAGGGCAGAGGUUGCACACACCUGUCUUUAUUACUCAUCUGCAGCCAUGCUUUACAAGGCUCUGCCUAAAGACCUUGGAACUUCCAUUAGGUCUUUGGUGAAAGUCCCCUAGUUCUUCCCCAGGUAGAUGAGUUUUCAGUGGGAUUCACAUGCCAUGUGAAAUCUACGUGUUGGAUAAUUAUGACUGUGUCUGGUGAAUAUGAAAUUAUUUACAGACCAGACGUUGAUAGUUUCUGACUGUGAAUCACAGCAUAGCUGCAAGAGGUAAAUAAAAAGCAAGAGGCCGGGAGCAGUAGCUCACGCCUGUAAUCCCAGCACUUUGGGAGGCCGAGGUGGGUGAAUCACAAGGUCAGGAGAUCGAGACCAUCCUGGCCAACAUGGUGAAACCCCAUCUCCACUAAAAAUACAAAAAUUGGCUGGGUGUGGCGAUACGUGCCUGUCAUCCCAACUAUUUAGUAGGCUGAGGCAGGAGAAUCGCUUGAACCCUGGAGGCGGAGGUUGCAGUGAGCCGAGAUUGCGCCACUGCACUCCAGCCUGGCAACAGAGCUAGACUCCGUCUCAAACAAAAAAAAAAAAGAAAGAAGAAAUAUAGAGGAUUUUAUUAACUCAGCUCCGACCCAUAGCUAAGUUAGGGUUUGAUGUUAUUACUGAAUAUUUGGAGGCAGAAAGACUCCUGAUUUUGCCAAAUGAUUAGUACAGUUUCGGCUUAAGUCAGAUGAGACCCCCCUAAUAUUCCAUCAUGUAAGGCUAAUAAAGCAAUUAUUUCUUUCUUUUUUUUUUCCUUCCAACUUUUAUUGUAGACUCAUGGGGUAUAUGUAUGGGUUUCGUAUAUAGCUAAAUUGUACAGCCUGGGGGUUUGGUGUACAGAUUAUUUCAUCACCCACGUAAUAAGCAUAGUACCCAGUAGGUGGUUUUUCUUUUUUUUCUUUUCUUUUUUUUUUUUUUUUUUUUGAGACAGAGUCUCACUCUGUUACCCAGGCUGGAGUGCAGCAGCAUGAUCUCAGCUCAUUGCAGCCUCUACCUCCCAGGUUCAAGUGAUUCUCCUGCCUUACCCUCCCGAGUAGCUGGGAUUACGGGUGCCCACCACCAUGCCCGGCUAAUUUUUGUGUUUUUAGUAGAGACAGGGCUUCACCCUGGUGGUCAGGCUGGUCUCUAACUCCUGACCUCAAGUGAUCUGUCCCCUUUGGCCUCCCAAAGUGCUGGGAUCACAGCAGUUUGAUCACAGAAGUUAUUAUGGUUGGCAUUCUGGCACACAUCUUUCUAAUCUUUUUUGUUGUAUGUAACCUUUUUAGUAUCAUAAACAACACUUUUAUAAACCUUGUGUAGAAA